AGACUCCCCGCCGCCGUCCAGCUGCUCACUUCCCCAUUCAAAGAGGCAUGUCAAGCGCGAGGAGCACGACCUUCAUGAUCAAUCUGAUCAGCGGCCAGGAAUUUGAGGUGCAAGCUUUCAGCAACCGCGUUUCAGAUCUGAAAGAUGCGAUUGAAAAGUUCAAGGCCAUCCCAGCGUAUGAUCAAACCUUGGUGUGUGAUGGUGCAGAACUGCACAACCUGGCCAAGGUGGAUCCUGGCAGCAACCUCUUGCUGGUGAUUGGCAAUUCUUUCACCAACAUGGCUCGGGAGUUUAUCCUGAAUACUUCGAGUGGCUAUGGUCACGUGUAUCGACCACUGUGGGGUCGCCCGAGCUCCCAGAUGGAUGCCCAGGCCUUGCUGCAGAGCUGUACCGUGGCGGCACAGCGAAGGCAGAUGGAAGGUUGCGAAGUCAAUCAACAGCUGGUCUACCUCUCCCAGGAACACAUGGAAGACUAUUUAUCCCGACUGGAGACUUGCGACAUGGCGCUGGAAGCGGAAGCACGGAGGAACCAGAUCUUCACGGACCGCUACGAUAUGGACAUCCUAAACUUGACCCAGGGUGACAUGCCCAUGAAGGCGCUGUUGGACUACCGCGAGAGGUGCUGGGAUGACUCGCAGGUGGAACGAGCACGACGGAGCGCGCAAGAGCGGGACUUGGUGUUUGUGGAUCCUGUGGAGGCAGAGGUCUUGAAGAAUUGGGAGAACACCUGCAUUGAUUCCAGCACGUGGGCGCUGUGGCGCUGGAGACAUGCGGAUGAGGUGCCCGCAUCUGGUGAUGAGCUGGGUGCUGGAUGGCGUGAGCUCCUGCGGGUCAGCGGCGGGCAGCCCAGGCCAAUCCGUUGGCCUACCCUCCCAGCGGCCCCAGUUCUGACCCUGGACCUGGAGCUGGGCGCCAUUCUGAUUUGCGGCCAGUCGGUGGAGCCUCAAGAUUCCUGGCGAUUGCUAGAGGGAGCUGGUUGUUCUUGCUGGGUCGUCCAGUCCAUGCUUUUGCAGCAGAUGCUGGAGGAUGGUACGUGGACGGCGGAGAACUGGCGAAGAGUGUUCGCUGACUUUCGGUUAGAGAUCCGGACCUGUUCCUUCUUGAUUCUAGAGCCGAGCUGCCAGCCGAUGUCCUGGCGCACCAAGAUUUGCAAAUCCUUGAUGGAGCUUCGCGUCGAGGCAGUUGGGUGCCUUCUGUCCCUCUCCAUGAUGGCCAGUGCGUUGCAAGUGCCAACGGCCAUGUACAUUGACUGCUCGGCGACCUCCACCACCAUCACGCCGGUCUUUGAGGUCUUGCCCUCAGCUGUCGCACAGAGCCUGGAGUGCUGCCCAAUCGAUACACGUCGCCUCUUGGACAGGAAGGGCGUCCUGUAUGGCGCGUGCUCCGCCAAAAUGCUUGACCAUGGUUCAGGAGAAUCGAUCGAAGAGUUGAAGAGAAAGAUGAAACCUAUGAAACUGCAAAUCGAAAGCCGCGGGACGCUCUACCGUGGCGUUUGCCAAGUACUCCACGAAAGCUACCGGAGAUUCAUCCUGGUCACACGUGAGCAGUACGAAAUUGAAGGCAUAAUCGCACUUAAUCACAUACAUCUUUAAUAGAUUU